AUGCUCAAACCAAAGCAGAAGACGGUGACGUCAGAAAGCACUCCAGGCUCACCUGAGCCAGACGCUUCUAGCCCAGAUGUCCUCAGUCACGAUGUGAGUCCGGAAAGCGAGCUGGACAUCGAAGAAUAUACUCCCGAGGAUGGUGUGGAUCAGGCACAGAUCAGCAGGCACUACACCAAAGAAGAUGCCAAUUCGUUGGUUGGUGGCCAGACCGUGGAGCCUGCGACAGCAAAGAAGGGGGAGAAGCUGUUUCAGGGCGAAGCAAAGGUGUUCUCGUUCUCGUUGCCUUUUGGUGGGGGGCUCUCGCUGCUCACUUCUAACUUCAGGCUACCGUUUGGCAACAACAACAAGGACGAUCCCGAGCUUGAGCAGAUCAGGUUGCGUUUGCAGAGGCAGGACUCCGUGCUGACGGUGGAUGAGGCGAAGUUCUUCUCGCACUUCAAGGGCACUGACGAUGUCCGUUUUAGAGCAGUCAAGGCUUCCAUCAAGGAGAAUAUCUCUGAGUUUUUGCCAGACUUCAUCCAUGCUAAGAAAGAGAAGAGGGAGAAACCUUACGAUGCCAUCUUCAACACAAUUGACGGGCCAAUUGUCGUCAUGGGCGGGUACAGAGGGUCUAUCCUCAGAGACGCAAAGACCCACAAGAGAGUGUGGAUUCCUUUGAAAGCAGGGUUCAAUUUGCGGAAAAUCGAUCUUCUUUUGGGUCCCAAGCUUGAAGAUGAGCUUCGUGCCACCGAUUUGAUCUACCCUGAUGGCGUCUUAAAGAAUGUCGGGCCCAUAGAUAUCUGUAAGCGACUCAUCAAACGUUUAGACAAUAACCCCAAAACUGUGGUGAAAGAGUUCGGCUACGACUGGAGGCUUGAUCUUCAUCAAACGAGCGAUCAGCUUGUGGAGUUUUUGACCAAGCUCAAAAAGGAAACGGGUAAGCCUGCCAUUGUGAUCGCCCACUCAAUGGGUGGUUUGGUUGUUCACGGCGCCUUAAAUAAGAAUCCGGAUUUGUUCAGAGGAAUCAUCGACGUUGGCGUGCCUAGUGAAUGUCUUAACAUCUUGGGCCCUAUUAGGUACGGCGAUUCCAUCUUGCUCUCAGACAAAAUCUUAACAUUUGAGACCAAUUUCAUGAUGCGUUCAUCCUUCGUUUUCUUGCCAUUAUCUGGCCGUGUUUUCGCUAAUAAGGAAACGGGUGAGUGGUACGAUCUAGACUACUUUGAUCCGGAGACGUGGGUCAAAUUCAACUUGAAUCCCCUCGUUUCUGAGUCGAGAAGAAUCCAGGAGCAAGGAUGUGCCGAGACGCCCCAGCAGUCUAUCGAUACCCUUGUUCAGGAUUCUGUGGGCUCGCCCAAGCUGAGCUCAUUUUUAAAAUCCCCCACAGAACCCGAUAACUCUUCCGGAUCUACCCUUAGUGCAUUAAGUAAGAUCAAACUUUCAAGGCCGAAAAGCAUCAGCCGUAAGAACAAACCGCCUACGCUUACAAACGCUCAGAUGCAAAGGAAGUUCAAAUCGUCACCAGCGAGCCCAGCAUCUCCUUCACCUUCCCAUGAAGACCUCUUUCAAGACUACCAAUUUUCGUUUACAUUCUCAGAGGCUUACGAUUACUUAAAGCGAGUUCUCAAAAGCGCCAAGGAAUAUGUAUUGAAUCUUGAAUAUCGGGAAGAUUUGAAAAGGCGUUAUCCUCCCAUGGCCGUUGUUUAUGGCAACAAGAUCCCCUCAUUAAGAGGCUCCCAUGUUAGAAGUCUUCAGGACAUCAAGGAUGGUAAUUACUACGACUUCUUCUAUGGGCGAGGUGACGGCGUAGUACACCAGCGAUGGCUCAUGCCUGAAGACAAAGGGUUCACUUUCUACGACCCUGAGACCAAAGAGGGACAGAUUGUCGGCAAAUUUGAGUCAGAUGCUGGCCAUGUGAACUUGAUGGCUGACCAUAAAGCAAUGGGUCUCGCCUUGGAUGCUAUAGUGAGAGCAGAGAGGUUUUGGGUAAGAGACACGCCGGCGGAAAAGCCAGAUAUCGCUUAA